AUGGCAGAACAUCAUGAAACCACGCCACCAUUCCGUGGCAGAUCCCUAAGUGUAGUGACCGAUCUCGCAGGACCCUCCCAACCACCCAUCCCACCCCAAUAUCCUCCUUCACACCAACUCAACCCCGUCUCGGCCCCCCCUCUCGCACCUCACACCCAAAUCAAUCCCCUCUCGGCUCCCCCCCUGACCCAACCUUUUCAAACCCAACUAUUCAACCCCGAACAUCAUUACCUGCUCCUCUCCCUCUCGCGCGAAAACCUCAAGGCGAUUUCUCUGCGCCAGAAAAUCGCCGCGGCCGAAGCGAAUUUGUCUUCUCUGGAACGAGAUGGAGAUUUGGCUACGCGAGACAGUAUUUCUACCCCAUGCACAUCCACCCCCCUCUCAACCACCUCCUCCGCAUCUCUCUCCCAAUCCCUUCCUACACGCCGCAAACUCAAAAAACAAGUCUCGUGGCUUAAAUGUCGCAUUAAGGAGUGUACGCGUCAAGAACAUAUUUUAGUGGAGAGAUUGCAGCAGAUUGGGUAUGAGGAGGAGAGGAGGUGGCAGUGGAUGCAGAUUGAGCGGCAGAGGAGGAUUAAUGAGGAGAUGUUGGGGUGGUUGGGGGGUGUGGGUGCGUAUGGGUAUGGAUAUGGAUAUGGAUAUGGAUAUGGAUAUGGAUAUGGAUGUGCGGGAGAUUGGAAUGGAAAUCCACAGUGGAAUGGGCAGUGUAAUGGGUUAAAUGCGAAUAUUCCUGCUUUUCAACCGAUGUCUGCGAUGGCGGAUGUGGGGGUUAAAGGGGAAGGGGAAAGGAAAGAUGGAGAAAAAGGUGCAGGUGAAAAUGAAAAGGCAGGAUCGAAAUCGCAGCGAUCUUCAGUCACUACUACGAGGAAAUGUUCGAAUGAUUUUUGGAAUACCGAAGCGCCUGUUUUCUCACCGGUCAUUUUCUGGGGAUCUUCUUCGAAGGGAGCUUCGGUGAAGGGUGAGGCGGAGAAUGGACGUGGGUCUGGCGAUGGGCAGGGGAGGGCGAGGGAUGAGUGUGAGUUAUCGCCGUUGGCGGAGGAGGGGGAUUUUGAGUGUUUUGAAGGUGUUGGGAAAGGAGAAAGAGAGGGAGAGGGAGGAGGAAAAGGAGAGACAGAAAGAGAUUCCGCGGACGCUAGCGGGGAGGCCAGUGGCAAUUCAACCGAAACGGCAAUUACAACCCCCACCCCCAACAAAGUGCACGUAUGA